AUUGGAGGGACUAAUACAAACCAAUUUACGAAGGUAAGAAUUGUAGUUGCCUCCCCCAAAGCUGGGCUUUUACGCGGCGCCGCUGCUCAAGUCUUGUUUCCUGUGCUCCCCUCUGUUCUCUCUUUCUACUCUCGGCAGCUUAUUUUAUUUGACUUAGGAUUCAAUUCCUUCGCUCAGACAACUCCAGAACUCUUUUUUGCUGCCUGUCACUCCUUGGUGACUGACUUCAUCAGUAAAUCAACUUGACCUUCUUGAAAUUUCUUUGUAAAUAAACUUUCUUGCAGUUGUCUUAGGACCCAUUUUCUUAGGCUUUCCAUGUCUACCUCCUAUGGAGCAAGUAAAGAAAUAUUGCAGUGCAUUACAACUGCAGUAAUUCCUCGCCGAGAGUUGUGUGUUAAGGACUCAAAUGUGUCGAUGCUGAAGUCAAGUCGCCUCUCACAGAAAUUUUUGGUGUCAUCUGGAGUGUGCACAAAAUUUCAUUGUAGAAGUAGAAAAACUACCAUUGUCCUGUCGAUGUCAUGUAGUAGUCGUGAUGAAAAAGCUGAAGAUAAUGCUGACAGACUUACAUAUAAGGAUGCUGGUGUUGACAUUGAUGCUGGAUCUGAUCUGGUUAGAAGAAUUGCCAAGAUGGCACCUGGAAUUGGAGGAUUUGGAGGGUUAUAUCCUUUAGCAGGUGAUUCAUAUCUUGUGGCUGGUACCGAUGGUGUAGGAACAAAACUCAAGCUUGCAUUUGAAACUGGAAUUCAUGAGACCAUUGGGAUUGAUUUGGUUGCAAUGAGUGUCAAUGACAUUGUCACUUCGGGAGCAAAGCCUUUAUUUUUCCUUGAUUACUUUGCUACCAGCCAUCUUGACGUUGAUCUUGCUGAAAAAGUCAUAAAGGGUAUUGUUGAUGGUUGCCAACAGUCUGAUUGCACUCUUUUGGGAGGAGAGACUGCAGAAAUGCCAGAUUUCUAUGCACAUGGUGAAUACGAUAUCAGUGGUUUUGCAGUCGGCAUUGUCAAAAAGGAUUCUGUAAUUGAUGGGAAAAACAUUACAGUUGGAGACAUUCUUAUUGGUCUACCAUCAAGUGGAGUCCAUUCAAAUGGAUUUUCUUUGGUUAGAAGGGUUCUCAACCGAAGUGGUCUUUCGCUGAAGGACCAACUUCCUGGUGGAUUAGUCACACUAGGCGAAGCUUUGAUGGUACCAACUGUCAUUUAUGUUAAGCAGGUGCUGGACCUUGUUAGCAAGGGAGGCAUUAAAGGUAUAGCCCACAUCACAGGAGGUGGUUUCACAGAUAAUAUACCCCGAGUUUUUCCAAGGGGUCUUGGUGCUGCCAUUUAUAAGGACUCUUGGGUAGUUCCUCCCGUUUUCAAUUGGAUUCAAGAGGCCGGAAGAAUAGAUGAUGCUGAGAUGAGAAGGACCUUUAAUAUGGGGAUCGGAAUGGUAUUAGUUGUUGACAAGGAGGCUGCAACCAGAAUACUGGAGGAUGGACAGGGGACAAAUUCAAUGUACUGCCUUGGUGAGGUUGUGAGUGGUGAGGGAGUGAGCUAUCACUAAUAGGUGGAUGAUAUGUUAUAGCACUACAGCAGGAAGAAUACUUUUCUUUUUCCCAGACAAGUGUUCACAAGUUUAGAUUUUUAUGCAAUGGCCUUGAAUUUUUUGGUUCAAUUGUAAGCAUCUUAUUAGUUAGUGCUUGAGUUGUGAGCACAACCUCUUUAACUUCUGUUGCACUUGAUGUCCACUUUUUUGCUAUUGAGAACUCAGAUUAAGCUUUUUGACCUAUUUGAUGCUA